GGGCUUGGUCACGUGAGGCGGUGACGCGGUGACGUCAGACGUCGGCUGGGAGCGGAGGGUCGCCAUGGCCAGCCAGUCGCAGGGCAUCCAGCAGCUGCUGCAGGCCGAGAAGCGCGCUGCUGAGAAGGUGGCUGAGGCCCGCAAGCGAAAGAAUCGGAGGCUGAAGCAGGCAAAAGAAGAAGCCCAGGCAGAGAUUGAGCAGUACCGCCUGCAGAGGGAGAAGGAAUUCAAAGCCAAGGAAGCAGCGGCGCUUGGAUCUCAUGGCAGCUGUACUACUGAAGUCGAGAAGGAGACCCAGGAAAAGAUGAGUGUAAUCCAGCAGAACUUCCAGAAGAACCGUGAGGUGGUCCUCUCCCAGCUGCUGUCUCUGGUGUGUGACAUCAAACCUGAAAUCCACGUGAAUUACCGCAUCAACGGGUAGUGCAGGAAGGAGGAACAAAGCAUACCAGGAACGCUGGCAGAAACAUUUGAGCUUGGGGUGGAAUGUACAGCUCAUAGCCAUACUGUAAUUGUUCUUCUUGUAGAGGUGUUACGUUAUUUCAGUGAGUUGUAGGUCAGUAUUUCGUUGACUUCUGUUAGUUUCUUUCUAGAUUGAGAGCUUAUCCAGUCGUUAAAUGGACAUGUCUCAAAUCUGUGCUAAGUUAUUAAGUAUAUAUUCAAGUUGGCAGAUUAAUGCUCCCUGUUUUCUGGAUAGUAUUCAAAGAAAGGCUGUCCUCUGAGAAGCAGAAAGGGGAAAGCUGACCUGAGUCUGUAACCUGGACCUAUGUAUUCUUGUUCACUAAAAUGCAUUUUUUCAGUGUGUUGUUAGCAUUUGUGCAAGGUUAAACUUCAUAAGAAUUCUCUGGCUGUACAGUGCUGGCUGAUAAUGUUCAGGUGCUUGAGUUUCUCUGUAUUGAAUAUCCUCUGUAUAUUCUGCUGUUAGCUUGAGUUACAAGUCUGGCACUAUGACACUUGAAAGUAAAAACCUCUACUUAACUCAAAA